AUGCUUCGAUCUCUAGGCUCCCACUCAUCUACCUCUAGUCUCGGCGAAUAUCUGCUCGAUCUUCCUCCUGGACCAUAUCAUACCUCUGACGACUUGUCCGACAACGGAAGCUCAAUCCAACUCCUCGAUCAAAUUCCUGAACAUCUCCAGAAAAACACCAAUGAGGACAAUCCUAUCAUGGUGGACUCAUCGGACGAUGAGGAUCAAGCUGGACCGUCGGAUCAAGCUCGCAUCGUUAAGAAACGAUAUCGUGACGCGCUGACAGACGAAGAUCAACCUCCUUUCUCUCGUUCAAGAAGAAGCUCGUACCGAUCCCACAAGAAGAGAAGGAAGUUGAAAGACAUUGCACCUUUUCCACCAACCCCUAAGCUAGCUGAAAAACUCUUCCAUCCACCUUCACCUAUAGCCGGUCCUUCACGCUCGCCAUCAACUCCCCGGUCGUACAGAGUAGAAGAUCAUCUUUCUCACGUUCUGGAGGUCCUCCCUGACAUAGAUUGCGAAUGGGCUAUGGAAAGAAUCGAAGAAGAGAUGGCAAUCAAAAAGAAUGAUGAUCCACUUAACAGAGUCGUAGAGAUUGCUCUAGAAAUGGAAGGUGGUUAUCCCAAGAUUAAGCUUUUGGACAGAGGGAGAGGAAUGGGGAAGGAAGAAAAGUCACUGGUCAUGGAAGGAUCAAAAGAGCGAUAUAAGAGCUUGGUAUACAAGAAGAUCGAACGAUCUGGUCAUGAAUACCAUCAACAGUGUAUAGCUCAGUUGGAAGAGGAUUUUCCGCUCAUUCCAGCUCACCAUAUCCGAAAUACCCUUUACUCUCUAGACGUUCUGUACGUUCCCACUUACUUCCGUCUUCUUGAAAACUCCCGACUGCCAACCAGACCGUACAUAGAGUUGAAGCGCCAAAGGAUGCAAAGGAAGGGUAAAAACAGACUUAUAGCUGGCAGUCAAGAAGGCGGUGCGGAUUCCGAUGCUCGCGCAAGCGACGGAGCAGAUGAUAGUUUGACAGCUUUCGAAGAUGAAUUGGUAUGGCUGCAAAUCACUCUGGCCGAGGAGAAGGUCGAUAUGGAUGCUGCCGAAGCCAAGAGGCUCGCUCUUCAAGAACCCAUGGAGGGUGGCGAAGGCAUCGAAUGUGGGUGUUGCUUCACUGAGACGUUGAUGGAAGACAUGGCUCAAUGCAUAGAAGGUCACUUGUUCUGUCGGGAGUGUACAACGACUCAUGCCGAAACAAAACUCGGCGAACAGUCUACUACGAUAAACUGCAUGGACAUGUCUGCUUGUUCUUCUCCCUUUCCAGACUCAGAACUUACCCGAAUUCUAUCUGUGAAGUCGUUGAAGCUUUAUCACCGACUAAAACAGUCGAAGGAACUCGAACAAGCGGGAAUUGAAGGGCUCGAGAGCUGUCCCAAUUGUCCGUAUGCUGCUGUGAUGGAGAACCCAGACGAGAAGCUAUUCACCUGCAUGAAUGAAGAGUGCGGGCAGAUCACAUGCAGAGGAUGUAAAAAGAGAGAGCACAUACCCAGAACCUGCGCUGAGGUGGAAGCGGACUUAAAGUUGAACAACCGUCAUACGGUUGAAGAUGCCAUGUCAGAAGCUCUGAUUCGUAAAUGUCCCACAUGCUCCAAGCCGUAUAUUAAGGACUCAGGCUGUAAUAAGAUCAUGUGCACCAAGUGUUCAACGUACUCAUGCUAUAUCUGCCAGAAAGCGAUUACAGGAUAUGACCACUUCGAUCAGAAUCCGGAAAGAGCGCAUAAUGAUGAAGCUGCCCGAGCAGCGAGAGAUGCGGCUGCCGCUCGAGUUCUAGCUGUCGCUCAAGAAAACGGUGUAGCGCUCAAUGCUGAAGAUAUCCAUAUUCCAUUACCUGAUCCACCGGCCGCAUCGGGUAUAGCAGGAGGAGCCAUUGACAUGGCUAGAUUGCCACCAUAUAUCGCACCUAUUCCUGACAGAUACCUCGCCCGUCAUAUGAAUGACAUGCAGCGUAUCAUGCAUCGAGCGGCGGUCGCGAAAAUGGAUGCAGCUAUACAACAACGAAUGGUGCAAAGGCAACAACACAAUAAUCUACAACAACGGCAACAAUAUCAGCUACAGCCCGGUUUCAAUCAAAAUCAUCAACCUCCGAUCCCACCUGAGAAUAUCGCUGCGUAUCAAAACAGGGUGGUACUCCCAUUACCCGCUCGAGCUUUACGGCUACCUCCUCCCCAAGCUCAGAAUGAUGCGCAGGCCCGAGCUGGGUUUGAACUUAGACGAAUAAACUUACUGGAAAAUGAAGCUGAAGAAGCGGAAGUUUUUGCGGCUCAAUUGAGGAUACCGCAACGUCCACCUCCGCUGUUCCCUCCCCAAUUAGGCUUACCUCCUCAAGCUCUUGAUCGGAUGUUGGUUCCCCCUCAAAGACUGGCAGCGCCAGAUCCUGUUCAUUUGCUUAAUCAUCUCAAUCGACAGUACGGACAGUAA